CUGGGGCGGCGGCGCGGGGGGCGGCGCGGGUGGCGGCGGGCGGCGGGAGAGGGCCCGACUCCCGCUAGUAGGUGCGGACCCUCGCCGGCAGCGCGUCGCUCCCCAGCUCAGCAGGAGCGCCGGGCGCGCGCCGACAUGGAGGCGGGCGCGGGCGUGGCCUCGCUCGCCAUGGACUGCGAGGACAUGUUCAAGGAGAUCACCAAGAAGCUGUACGGUGAGGAGGCGAGCGUGGGCGUGGGCGUGGGCGCGGGCGCGGGCGUGGGCGUGGUGGGCGUCGAGUUCCCGGGCGUGGAGCGCGAGCUGCAGGACGACGAGCUGCGGCCCGAGGAGCACAUCACGGCGUGGGGGCUGGCGGCGCUGAUGCAGAACGGCUUCCCGCCGCCCGGCAUCCUGCAGCCCAACUUCGCGCCGCGCACCGACCCCACGGCCGAGGACCGCUGGACGGCGGCCGACGAGCCGCUGGCCUGGGCGCACUCGCGCGUGGCGGCCUACAACCCGGCGCAGCGCCUGUUCAAGUGUGCCGAGUGCGACUGCGUGGGCUUCCUGGCGCGCGUGGCCGAGCACUGGCUGGGCACGCACUCGCAGGCGCGCGCCUUCGCCUGCCCGCUGGCCGGCUGCGGCUUCGCCAGCGGCUGGGCGCGCGCCGUGCGCCAGCACCUGGCGCGCGACCACCGCUCCGACCCCGCGGCGGCCGACCAGCUGCUGCGCGACAACCCCGCGCUGGACGACCUCACGCGCUACCUCACGCGCCUCAAGGCCAAGGUGGACGCGGCGCGCGAGCGGCGCGACGAGCCGCCGCCCGAGCCCGGCAAGCGCUACGCCUGCGCCGCCUGCCCCUACGCCACGGACCGGCGCGACCUGUUCACGCGCCACGAGAACAUCCACCGCGACGAGAAGCCCUUCCACUGCUACCUGUGCCACAAGCAGUUCAACCGCGCCGACCACGUCAAGAAGCACUUCCUGCGCAUGCACCGCGACCAGCCCUACGACCUCAACCGCAUCCGGCGCGCCGCCAAGCCGGCCGCCGCGCCCGCCGCGCCGCCCGAGCCGCGCGCGCCGCCGCGGGCCGAGCGCGCGCCGCUGGCCAAGGCCGAGGCCAAGGCCGGCGCCGCCAGCCCCGUGCGGCGCAAGGGCGAGCGGCGCUACGCGUGCUGCUACUGCGCGUGGUCGGGCGUGGACAACUGGUGCCUCAAGCGCCACCUCAACACGCACCUGAAGCCGUUCGCGUGCGCGCUGUGCGAGUACAAGGCGGCGCGCGCCGAGCGGCUGGCCACGCACGUCCACAAGGUGCACAACAAGAAGGCGUGCGCCAAGUGCCCGUUCCUGGGCGACGACCAGGCGGCGCUGGCGGGCCACCUGCGCGACGCGCACGCGGCCGAGGCCCGCGGGCUCAGGGUGCCGGGCGCCGGGCCGCCGGCGCGCGCGCCGCCCGCGCCGCCCGCGCCCGGCCCGGCGGCGGCGGGCGCGCCGGCGGGCAGGCGGCGCGAGGCGCGCGCGGCGGGCGCGGCGCGGCUGUUCGGCUACCUGGAGGCGUCGGACGGGUCGGGCGACGAGUUCGAGGCGGCGCCGCUGGCCGAGCCGUUCGCGCCGCACUACGCGCGCGACAAGGAGAACGCCGCGCCGCCGCCGCUGCACCACGCGCACGCCAUGCACCACGACCACUGCCUGCGCUACUAGCGCCGCCCCCCGCCCGCCGCCCCGCACCCCGCCCGCACCGAGACCUCACCUAUAGGUAUCCUUACUCGUAAUUAUAUUUAUUGAAAAUGAACAUACAUAAUAUUAUUAUUCUCACUGAAUAAAUGGAAUUUGAAUAAAAAAUUAAAUUAGAUCAUCUC